AUGCGCAUACGACAUUAUAUUGUUUGUUCGGCCGUACUGCUUCUGGCAGCUCUGAUUGGUGCCGUUUAUUGUUCCGACUCUCUGUGUGCAGGAGUGUCCUGUGGUAGUCAUGGAUCCUGCUAUGUUGAUCCAGAUUCAAAUUCCCCUCAAUGUUUGUGCUCCUUUGGUUAUUCAGGCGAUGCCUGCGAAACAGCCCCUCCUUCUUGCACUCAAUUUUGUGGACACCACACCCAUUGCGAAUACAAUGAACCUGGUGAUGUAAUCUGUAGCUGCAGCGAUGGAUGGGGUGGUGAACACUGCUCUGAACCUGGAUUGUGGUUCCUCAGCGAAAAUGGUGGCAGUACAUGCAAUGCAACCUGCAGCAACCACGGCUUUUGUUAUUUUGAUAAUUAUGGUAAUGAAGCCUGCAACUGUACCACAGGCUACUCUGGAAAAGAUUGCUCCACUCGUGAUUGUUCCUUAAACUGUGGUGCUCAUGGAACAUGCUCCUUUGACUCUCAAAAUUCGCCCAUUUGCCUUUGUAUUGAUGGAUACACGACCACUGAUCCCUCAAACCCAUGUGCCAGUUGCUCUGGUUCCGGUAAAAUUGUGGACCCUGCUACUAAGGCUUGCAUUUGCGAUCCCUUGGCUGGAUACAUUUCUGAAGGUUCCAGCUGCAUGUGUAACAAAGCUGCUGGGUUCGUUGAAUCCACCAAUGGAACUUGUCAAUGUCCUUCUGGCAUGACCAAUGUGAAAGGAGCUUGUGUGAGGAUAUGCCCACCUAAUUGGAGCGGUGAUAAGUGCGAGCAAUACAAACCUCCUGCUGCGUGCGUAACCGUCCCAAGUGGUGUUCUUUCUCAAUGCUCUGGUAUUGUCAAUUAUGCUGUGCUUAACACAGACUAUGUGGGCAGUCAAACGUUUUCCAGUGUAGACAAGUACAUUGAAGCCUUAAAAACAUCGAUCAAGGCUAGAGACUCUAUAAUCAACGAAACUGCCAACUCGUACAUGCCCAAAUUCCCUACAUGUAAUUCGACAUGUCUUCCAGCCAUGAUAAGGGUUGCAUGUUACGUGAGCUUCAAAUCAUGUAUUGUACAAAAUAUGGUGCCACAGACCCAACCUCUCUGUUUGGAUGCAUGUAAAGCAAUUGGAACUCAGGAAUUACAUAUGGACGCCUCUUCUCAAUGUGCUCUAAUUUCCUCACAAACCCCUACAUGUUUUUAUGGUCCCUAUCUUCCAUCGAACACUACUUGCAAUGGCAUUGCUCAUAGCAAUUCUGCUGUCUGCUCUGGAAGAGGUAAAUGUAUUGGCCAAAAUUUGUGUUCAUGCCCAACAGGAGUUGUUGGUUCAGAUUGUCAAUACUAUGAAUGCUUUGGAAAGAAUGAGACUGAUACUGGAGUCUGUAAUGGAAAUGGAAAGUGUGGUGGUCCAAACAAUUGCCAAUGUAAUGAUAAGUUCACUGGUAUGCAGUGUGAUGUUCCAAUGUGUAACGGUAGAUCUCAAGUAGAAGGAGGAUGUUCUUUCCGUGGUACUUGUGGCUCUGACAAUGUGUGUAAAUGCAAUAACAAUUAUGAUGGCCCAUCAUGUAGAGCAUGUAAGGCUGGUUAUACAGGCAUUUUCUGUGAAGUUCCUAUUUGCUCAGGUAUUCCAGCAUCUGAUCCAAGUGUUUGUGGUGGAAGAGGUAAAUGUAUUGGUCCAAAUACUUGCUCGUGUAUUUCAGGAUAUAAUGGAACGAGCUGUCAAACCUUUGCUUGCAAUGGUGUUGAUAGACUCGACGCUAAUGUUUGUUCAGGAAAGGGCAAAUGUGUUUCUCCAAACGUUUGUGUAUGCUCUGGAAAUUAUGCAGCAAGCAGUUAUUGCAGUUCGUGUACGAAAGACUAUGAUGGUGAUAAGUGUACCAAUCAAAUUUGUAAUGCUGCUACAACAUGCAGUGGUCAUGGUGUAUGUAAUGCUCUUGCAUGCUCCUGUACUGGAAACUGGGAAGGUAAAUAUUGCGACAGAUGUAAAGCCGGUUACACAGGAUCCGAUUGCCAAUAUCAAUGCACUGCCAGCAAGUGUAACAAUAGAGGAAGUUGUAACGAUACAGGUGGAUGUACUUGCAAUGCUCAUACCACUGGAUCAUACUGCGAAUCUUGUGAAAGUGGUUGGUAUGGUGCUAAAUGUGACUUUAAGGUUAUGGACGCAUUUAGUUUCUCCACGAUGGGAGAUGUCAUCACUGGCACUGUAUACUCUUCUAUUAAGGCUCCAAUUGGGUGUGCUGAUCUAGUCAAAUCUAGUUCUUUAGCUUCUCUCGGAAAGGGUGCCACUUGUUUGCUUGAUUCUUCUCGAAAUGAGUUCCAAAUUAUUUUGGGUGCAGGAGCUACCAUUGGUAUUGGUUCUACUCUGACCUUGGGUUUGUAUCCUAAGUCUGGUGAUUCUGAAACUGUAACUGUGACCGUUACUAGAGGUUCCUAUCAAGCAAUCGCUCCAAGUGCUGUUCUGGUGGCCGAUAAAUAUCUUGUCACGAAGGGAUGUGGUAAGAUUUACCUUGAUGCCUCAGCAUCAUCCUCAUUGGACAGACGUAAGCUCAAUUUUGCAUGGUCUGCUAUUGUUACACCAACCACUGACGACCAGAGUACUUUGGACAGUAUCAUUGCCUCUCAAGCAUCUCUCUCAAGAAUUGUUAUCGAUUCCACUAGUUUGAGUGUUGGUACAUACACUAUGCAAGUUGUAGUCGCAAGUACCUUCACCUCAGACUCUAUUGCUACACAAACCAUUUCUUUUGAAGUUACAGAGGCUUCUGUUCCAACAUUGAGCGUUAGAGAAGGUAUUGCAAGCUCAGUUACCAUCGGCAAACUCUCUGUGAUCACUCCAAUGGUCACCAUUCCAAAUAAGGCUUGCUACAAAGGAAGUGGAGCAGUUUCAUAUUCUUUCAAGAUUGAUUCUUCAAAGACCUCUACAACCUUUGACGUUGUUCAAGAGAAUGGAUUAUUGGUUUUCGGUCCUCGUCGGACUGUUCUUCCAGCAGCCGGUGAUUAUUUCUUCACUGUCACGGCUAGUCAAAGCGGUGCUCAAAACGUUACUCUUCCAUUCAAGGUCACUGCUGCUGCUCUUCCAUUGAAGGUUUCAUUCACUGUUGGAGACUUUGCUCAAGCCAAGGACAAGCCAGUAACUCUUGCUGUAAAGCGACUUGAUCCAAGUAAUCCAUCCAGCACCGAUGGAACAGUGUCAGUGUCUUGUGUUAAUUUGGACACUUCCAAUGCAUGCUCUGGAUUCCCACAAGACAUUUCCUCAACUCUCUCGUUGUCUGUGGCUUCCAUGGAUCCAGCUUUGUACAGAUUCACUGCCACUUACUCAAAGUCUGACGGAAGAUCAUCCUCUGCUUCUGUCAAGGUUAAUGUUCUCGAUCAAACGAGCUCAACAGUUCUCAAAGCAACAAUUGUUCCACAAGAAGGUGUCGACUUGAGUGUUGUGGAUUCGUCUAAAACAUUAAUUUUGGGUCUCAAGCUGUUGGAUCGACAAAUUCUUACAAAUAAGAAAGUUGUCACUUGGUCCUCGGCUGAUUUGGACUUUGUUUCUGCCUCCAUUGCAACAGACAAGAAUAUUUUACAAAUCCCAGGAUCCUUAUUGUCACCAGGUGCCUCAUACACAGUUACAGUUACAGUCACUGACACGGUUGUCGUUGGUGGUGAAACCAUUACAAAGACUGGAAGUUCUGACGUUACCUUUACAGUGAACUCUCCACCAACUGUUGGUGUUUUGGAUGUUUCUCCUUCCACAGGUGUUGCUCUUGUUGACGACUUUAAGAUUGCUUGCGAGAAUGGUUGGACAGAUCCACAACUUCCAUUAACCUACGAGUUUAGAACCAGACUUGACAGUGAAACGACAUGGAACAUUAUUUCUCAACGAUCAACUACAAACUCCAUUUCGACCAAGCUCGGUAAAGUGGGAACCAUGUAUGUAAAGGCCGUUGUGUACGAUGCCUUAGGAGCUGCUUCUGAACUCGAAACCACCGUGACUGUUACUAGGCCAAGCACUGAAGCUACACUGAACGCCAUUGCAUCAUUUGCUGACCAAACCUCAGCUACUUUGUCUGACAGCUCUGCUGUAUUGGAAAUGAUUGGUAGUGUUGACCUUAAUAGCAUCACUGAUCCAGCACAAAAGGCCAAGGUCACUGCUGCUGCUGAAAAUACCAUCACCAACUUCUUGACUGCAACCACUAAGGAAGAAGCAAUUACCAGCCAAAGCGAGCAAACCACAACUGCAACUAUUUCUCUAAUUUCUGCUGCUACCAAGAGCAUUGACAAGAUUUCAGACAACACAGUCUCGUUGGUUGGUAACGUCUUGUACGCAUCUACUAAGGGUGUUGCCGACUCGAGCACUAUCAACAUUAACUCUGACCAAGUUGAAUCUUCGCGCAAGUCAGCUGACUCUGUUUACAACCGUGUCUCAACCAAUGUUGCUUCCAGAAUGACCCGUGCUUUUACAAAGACUGAUCUUGCCAAUGUAAAGGGUGUCUAUGAUAAUCUUGCACUUGUCCAAGUCAAGACCAACGUUGCUGACAUGCCCGCUACUGUUGUCACUGGUGCCGAUUCAUCUGUUUCUUAUCUCAGAAAGGUUUCGCUUUCCACUCUUAAUGCUCUUGCUGCCAAUGUGAGCGGUCUUAAUUCAUUUACUCUCGCUUCAGACAUUGCUUCUUCGAAUGCAUUGUCAUCACUAGAGGAGGUCAAUGUUAAAGUGAAGGUUUAUCCAAGCUCGGUUACUCAAGCUGCAACAAAGGCCAUUGAGUUGUCCAUCACUUCCACAUCGAACAGUGCUGUAGCCAUUUCGGGAACUAGUAGUGUUGCUUCCUUGUCUCUCGCACGAUUGAAUUCACGUGCUGCUUCUGCAUUGGUUUGUCAAAAAUGGGACGGUACCUCUUUCGUCAAGGACACAACCUGUGCAGUGUCUGCCUCGUCCACAAGUGUUACGUUGGAUGUUAAAAGUACUGGAGUGUAUGUAGUGGCAACGGAGACUACUCCUGUUAGCAGUCCAAAGACAAGUACCAGCAAGCAAGUGAGCAGUGCUUCGUCGUGGACUAUGUCCGUUCUUGCUGUUGUGGUGAUGUUCGUUUCCGCAUUGAUGAUGUAA